UAUUUCUGUGCUCACACAGCACCUUUGUUUGUGUUGUUGUUGGCAGGGGUCACUGUCUCUGCCUUCUUCUCCCGCACCUGUACUCUUCGUCUCAUUUCAUCAUUCACACUCUCUCUCCAUUCCCAGUAAUAAAAGGAUGCAACUUUCCUCGCCCCGUUCCAAAACUUUUGGAACUUUGCAUUAAUGGGGUUGAAGGGAAUGCUCACCUAAUCCAGUUUCUCAAUUCUUUAACCCAACCAAGUGCUCCCCCUCCCUUUUUUAAAUAAAUUUAUUUUCUUUUUUUAUAUAUAUGUAUGUACUUUUCUUCCGGUACACAAUCCCCAACGCUCCAAAUUUUGAGGCAUUUCAUGUUUUCUGUCUCAACCUCUGAGAAAACGUUAUUUUUGUUGUUGUUGUCUUUGUUUUGCUCUUGUGGGUUGAAAAAUGUCCACUUUGCAGAUGUCCCGUGUUGAUUUGGAGCAAGGGAAUGUGAAUCAUCGCCAUUCGGUUGUUGGAAGUGAUGUGAGUGGUGAAGGGAGCGUAUGCUUCUCUGAUGCUGAUGAUGGUUCUUGCUAUUCCCGUUUCUACUCAACAAAUGGUGGUUCAUAUGAUGAUUACAGCUUUGCUUGUGUUUCUGAUCCUGAGGUUGGGGGUGUUCCUCAUUCUGGGAGAGCUUCUUCUUCGGCUUCUGAGUGUUCUGUGGAGGCGGAAACUAGAAGUGGGGUUCCUGAGAUCAAGGUGCAUUUGGCUAAAGUGGAGAAGGAUUGUAGGAUUUGUCACAUGGGUUUGGAGAGUGAUAGUCAUGAGUCUGGUGCCCCCAUUCAAUUGGGAUGUUCCUGUAAGGAUGAUUUGGCUGCUGCUCACAAGCACUGUGCUGAGGCCUGGUUCAAGAUUAAGGGAAAUAGGACAUGUGAAAUUUGCCAUUCUGUUGCUCGGAAUGUUUACGGAGGAAAUGAGGAGUCGACGGAGCAUUUGAGCGACGUUAACAAUGCUACUACAGCAGCCACACUCUCCACACCUGCUCCUUCAGCAGAACCUCGAAGAUUUUGGCACGGCCAUCGCUUCCUGAAUUUCUUGCUUGCUUGUAUGGUUUUUGCGUUUGUCAUAUCAUGGCUAUUCCACUUUAAUGUGCCAUCAUCCUAGAUUUUCCUGAGGCAGUUUCAUUUAUAAUUUAAUUCUGAGUAAGGAGAAAAAGAUGAAAAGAGAAAAGAGAGGGGGAAAAAUCCCACUCUAGAAUCCAUGGAGAUACUUCCUUAGAGAAUGAAUCCUUCUACAAUUUGAGGCCUUAUUGAGUUUAUAUAGGUAGUUGUAUAACUUCUUUUCGUCCAUGCAGAUAGACAUUUCUCCUUUUUCUGCUGUGCAUUCGUCCUAAAUUAUUGUGCUUUACAAAGCUCUCUUAUUCUGUCUUUCAGAGUCAAUGUUAUUUCUGGGACAAGUUCUAGAAUGUUUAUUCAAAUGUAAAUUAUAUAUCAUAUAUUAUAUUGUAUUGUUACUUCAUUGUCU